UCAUUUUCCCCUCUCUGUUUUCAUCGCACAAUCUCCCUCCAUAGUCUCAUCUCUCUUUCUUUCUCUAUUAGAUCUGAAAAACCAUGAUCAGCAACUUCAUUUUAAGCUUGAACAAAAAGCUGCAAGCGGUUGAAAUCAGUAAUCGCUGCAGACGAACGAAGAAGACCACUUAUGUAUAUAGAGACGAUCUGAGCAAGAAGAAGCAGUCGCCGCCGCCGUCUUCGUCGCAGCCGCAGCCGGAGAUUAAGAAAGUGAAGAAGAGAGUGAGGUUUGCCGAUACGGAACCGGUGAUAAUAGCCAUUACUGACAAAGAGGAGCGGAGUACAGAGGAGGAAACAGAGAAGAAAGUAGUGAGAAUUACGGUGAAAUUGACGAAAGAAGAAGCGAAUCGGAUGCUUUCGAGGUGCUCCGAUGGCGGUGUUCUUGAGUUCGGAGAUGUGGCUUGUGAACUCAUGCGGAUUCCUGCAACUCGAGUUAGUUCAUCUAUGGUGGCCAAUUGAAUUUCCCCCCCUUUUUUUCCUCUUCGUCUUCUUCAAGAAGUUAUAGGGAUUUCUGAAAUUAUAUUCAUAAGUAUUUUUUAUUUUUUAAUUUUGCUUUUGCUUUUUUUUCCCCCUUCCUCUCUUGGGAAUUAUUAAAUUAUAUCUUUAAUUGGUGUAAUUAGGAUAUAGGGUUGUAAAUUAAUUUUGUAGAAAUGAUAUUUUGAGUUUUGGGAGAAACUAUUAAGUGAGAUCCCUAUCAAAUAAUACUUGCCUC